AUGGUUGUUUCUAGAAUGACGCCACACUCAGCUAAUGAAGCUACAUUAGAGAGUGGAGCAUUUGAAAUCCAUUAUUUGAAGAAAGAUUCAGUUAUUUAUUUCGUUAUUUGUGAGAUGGGGUAUCCGCGUAAUUUAGCAUUUUCUUAUUUAAGUGAUGUUUCAGAGGAAUUCCAACAUUCAUAUGGUAAUGAGGUGGAUAAGACAAGCACUAGACCGUAUGCAUUUGUUAGUUUUGACACAUUUUUACAAAAGACGAAGAAGAUAUAUAGUGAUAAGAAAGUACAAGAUAACUUGGAUCAAUUGAAUCAAGAAUUAGUUGGUGUAAAGCAAGUGAUGUCCAAAAACAUUGAAGAUCUGUUAUAUAGAGGUGAUUCCCUGGAUAAAAUGAGUGAUAUGAGUGCAUCCUUGAAAGAAUCUUCCAAGAGAUACAGGAAAUCCGCUCAAAAGAUUAAUUUUGACCUUUUAAUUAGCCAAUAUGCCCCAAUUGCGAUGGUUGCAUUUUUGUUGUGUUUUUAUUUUGGUGGAUGUUCCUUAAAGGAUAGGCAAAGGAGCAUAAGCAAAAAAUUAAAUUCAUCAUAG